CACCUCCUUGCCGACGGAAGUGGGUGGAAAUUCAGAUCACUCCGACCAAUCAGGAUCGUAGAUAACAUUAUUGACAGAGUUUACAACCAAUAGAAUUUCCGCAAAUUUCCUAUGGCGCUUGCAAUGAAUGUUUAAUGCGGUUCGUCUUAUUCCGGUGCACAUUUGUCUAUGCAUCUGGGAAGACUGGCUGUAACACAGACGGGUAGCGCUAUGUUGUACAAUGUGAGAUUAAAACAACUGGUUUGCUCCUAUUUUGGUUUGCUGCUGUUUUUAGUAGGACUCCAUCAAGCCGAGGGGGCCGCAACAGAAAUGGCAAACCUGAACUGGAAGCCGUUUGUCUAUGGGGGAAUGGCCUCAAUUGUCGCAGAAUUCGGUACGUUUCCCAUUGAUCUCACAAAAACACGGCUCCAGGUUCAAGGGCAGACGCACUGUAUGGAGGUCCGAUAUCGGGGGAUGUUCCAUGCUUUGUUCAGGAUUGGACGUGAAGAAGGCGUCCGGGCAUUGUAUUCAGGAAUUUCACCUGCGCUCCUCCGACAAGCUUCCUAUGGAACGAUCAAGAUCGGUACAUACAACACACUGAAGAAACUGUUUGUUAGCCAUCCUGAAGGUGGGUUUAUAGGAUGAAUCCUUUGAUUAUAUGGUUCAUUUCAUACCAUAUCUUUUCUUCUCAGUACCACAUUUUUGUAAUUUGAGAAUAGAACAGAAAAGCUACAAAGCUUUAAAAAUCGUGUUUGGCACUUUGAUGCUGUUAGCUUCAAUUAAAUGACUCAUUAAUAUCUAACUAAUAUCUAAAAAAAAAAAAAAACAAACAAACACAACAAACAUUGAUAUCAAACAUUGAUAUCAAAACAUCUCUGUGACAUAUACAGUGCCGUUUUAAUGUUUGUGAUCCCUUUAGAAUUUUAUAUAUUUCUGCAAAAAUAUGACUGUCAUAAACUAUCAUCAGAUGUUGGUGGUAAAUUGCUUGAUCUGUAACAUACUGUAUAUUUUCAAUUAAUUGAUGACUUAAACUUAUGUUUUGGUCUAAUAAGAAAAGGUCAAACAGACUUAUCCAUUAUGUCAUAGUUGGUGUAACAGCUAGGUCAGAGUGACUUGUCAAAUGUCAAUGGAUAGAUGAAAAUAGAUACAUAAGGUGUUGUUUUGACACCUUUUAAGAGAAUAUUGCAGAUCUUGCGUUAUCUCCUGUCUGCAGAGAUGGAAACGGACAUAUUUUGAUACAAAGGUACAUCAAGUUCAAAUGAGCAACAAAUUCUGAAAACCUCAUCGCUUCUGCAGUACAUGGCAGGCGUCCAAUAUCUAACCACAAACGUGUCAACAUAACCUGUCACAUUGGAACACUUAAAGAACAAUUGAAUAUAGCAAGCAUACAUACUCUUAAAGAUAAAAGAAGAUGCAAUGAAGAAUAACCAUAAAUAAGUACAAUAAAGAGUAAAUACUUGAAAAUAUGAUGAGGAUUAAUAUAUUGAGUAGGAGGACAAGAAUAUAUGAAAUCAUAGUUAAUGUUGAUAAAUCAUAAGCCAUAAAUGAUUAAAUGAUUAACAUGAAAUAUGAAUAAAAUGCAUGAAUAUGAAUAUUGACCAUUUUGGAUCCACCAAUAUCUUAAUAUCCUUCUAAAGCCGGGC